UAGCUGUUAACUACCAUGUCCGACAGCUCAGAUGAGGAGUGCCCAGACCUGGUGCCCAGUGUGUGUGAUGAUGUGGAGGCUGGACCAGAAACAGAUUGCCCCAUCCUGGCAGAGGCACCGACAAAUUCCACCAAAAUCCCCGUGACCAUCAUCACUGGAUACCUCGGUGCCGGUAAAAGCACACUGCUGAACCACAUCCUCACAGAGCAGCAUGGGAAACGCAUCGCUGUCAUCAUGAACGAGUUUGGGGCAGGAGGUGAGAUUGAGAAGCCUAUCUCCCUGGGAGAGUCAGGAGAGGUGUUUGAAGAGUGGCUGGAGCUCAGGAACGGUUGUCUCUGCUGCUCUGUCAAAGACAAUGGAGUGAAGGCCAUCGAGAACCUGAUGCUGAAGAAGGGAAGGUUUGACUACAUCCUGCUGGAAACAACCGGUCUGGCUGACCCAGGUCCAGUUGCAUCCAUAUUCUGGCUGGACUCAGAGCUUUGCAGUGACUUAUAUUUAGAUGGUAUCAUCACAGUGGUUGAUUCCAAGUUCUGUUUACAGCAUCUGCAUGAGCAGAAGGCAGAUGGCAAAGUUAAUGAAGCGGUCAGGCAAGUUGCCAUGGCUGACGUUAUACUGGUCAACAAAGUGGACCUGGUCUCGGCCCAGGAGCUCAGUAGAGUAGAAAAAGAAAUCAGGGCUAUCAACUCUGUUGCAAAGCUGCUGGAGACACACAAGUCAAGAACUGAGCUGGCAGCACUCCUGGAUUUGCAUGCCUUUGAGGGGAACUCGGAUCGUUGCAACCAAGACGUCUUCACCGCCCCGGUUUUACCGAACGCAGACUCCUGUUCGUCCUCGCACAGCCACCAUUUGGAUCAGAGUGUAUCCACGGUUACGGUGGAACUGAGCGGAGACAUGGACCGAGAGACAUUUGAAAUCUUCCUACAGGACCUGUUGUGGGAAAAGUCUAUAAAAAACACCAAAGGAGAGACAAUGGAUAUACUAAGGCUCAAGGGCCUGUUGUCGCUGCGAGGCUGCCCUCGGAGAUGCCUGCUCCAGGCUGUUCACGAGCUGUACGACUUGGAAGAGACUUCUCCCUGGCCUGAGGACGAGACUACCAGUAGGAUCAACAGAUUAGUUUUUAUUGGGAGGAAUCUUGACCACGGGGUCCUGGCGGGGCGGCUUGGCCAGGCCGUGAAGUGACCACCACGUGCCCCGGCCCGCAGAAAUAUCGUCCGCCAAGAAAAACAAACCUCCCUGCGUCUUUUUCGCGAGGCACGGAUAUAGGAUCGAUGAAAUGCUGCCAUUUGUGAAUACUGUAUCAUGAAUUUUACAAAUAAUAGCCUGUCAGUCUAAGUCUUAACUGAAAACCGUUCCACUGAAACGAACAUGGUAAAAGAUAAUAGUUUUGAAUACAAACGUGUGUGCUUGAAAGAAUUGUAAUAGACGAAUAGAUGAGUCCUUUUCGUCAACUUUUUUAUAGCAUAUGUACAUUUCUUACACGCGUAUAUGUAGAUAUGAAUGCUAGCAAUGUUUUUUCUCACAUGAAAGACAUUUCCAUUGUCUGAAAUGCCCAAUAAAAUGAUACAGUCGAGUUCUUUACAUUUUACACUCAGUUGUCUGAUGGUUGAAAUUAUAACGAUCAUAAACUAUAUUAAAGUAAGAUGUCUAAUUUGCUCAUACUAAAAAAAAAGAGGGCCAUCAGAUGGCCAUGUUUUAGUAUUUUUACUUGUUACUUUCCAUUGACUUGUGUAAUUCACUUUCUUUAUUUUGUGUAUACGAAUUUCAACCUCUCCCCGUGCAUGUUUUUGUGUCAUUCCGUGUAUCUCAACAAAGAAAACCACAAAAAAUGACGACGACUUCUAAAUAAAACAAAGUUUUGCCAAGA